AUGGCCCGGCCUACCUCCAAUGGCCUCGUCCAGGCGAUGCAGUCCCUGCGACUGUCAUCGCAAUUCCCACAACGCUCCUUGAUUCCUUCAUCAAGGCAUUUAGCCCGUGCCUAUGCGACAGAGGCAGAGACCAACACGGCAAUCCAACCCGAAUCAAUUCCAGAUUUGCCUGUCCAAGCAGCUCCAGAGAUCGAUUUCUCGACUUCUUUCCUUCGCAACCCGGCCCGAAUCGUUCCCGCCUCUCCUUCUUACUUCUCCGGUAGCCCGCGAUUUGUCGACCACGUCCUUCACCUGGAGUCCCUACAAGCCCGCUACGCCGCCCUCCCUCAAUUGCCUGCCGGCGAGGCCCCUCGAAUGGCCUGGUUCAAACUCAAGCAGUUCCGCGAAUAUGUUGGCGAGGCCGUGCCGGUUAAGAAAUAUAAGAGUCUGGUUAAGAUUCUCCAGCGGUUGAAUCGAAUUCAGACAGAGAUGGUCCCCGGUGAAGUCCGCACCGUGCUGGACUCAUUCCUUCGUCCUGGAAACCCGUAUGCCGUGGUGCGCGAGACUCCCGAGUUGGAUGAGAAUGGAAAGGCGCGUGCGAAGGGUAAGCGGAAGGAGUCCAAGGCGGUUGUUCACUUGGUCGAGGGUGAGGGUGAGAUCCUUGUGAAUGGAAAGUCUGUUGUUGAGGCCUUCCCCCGUGUACACGACCGUGAGAGUGCGCUGUGGGCCCUGCGUACCACCGAGCGAAUGGACAAGUACAAUGCUUGGGUUACGGUUCGGGGUGGUGGUGUGACUGGCCAGACGGAGGCUGUUACAUUGGCGAUUGCGCGGGCUUUGAUGGUGCACGAGCCUGGUCUGAAGCCAUUGCUGCGGAGAGCCGGUGUCAUUACGGUCGAUGCUCGUCGUGUGGAGAGAAAGAAGCCGGGUCAUGUCAAGGCUCGCAAGAUGCCUGCCUGGGUCAAGCGUUGA